GUCUAGAUAAUCAAGACUGUCAUAAAAAAAAAUGGCGACUAUUUCCGAAGCUGACAGUUGCUGACACAUUAAAAUAAGACAAAAAGACCAUUUAAAUAUUCAGUGCUUUGUGACAAUAACCUAAGCUUGCCACGAGAGUUCAAUAGAAACCGAGGAUCGAAAGAGGUAACAGUAACUUUCAACGGUUUACAGGAUAAUGGCAGAUUGUAUAAAACAAGCCAGAUCGCCAACAACAGAACAAAGCAGAUCUCCAAAAGCAGAACUAACAUGUGGAUUGUGUUACAAAGAUCUCAACAAACCCAAGCAAUUGGCAUGCUGUCAUACCUUUUGUCGUCACUGUUUAGAAGAUUACGUAAGAGAUACUCUUAAUGCUGAAAGUCAAACAAUUGAUUGUCCCAAGUGUCAGAAAGUCAUACAGAUUCCUGAAAACGGAACGAAAGGUUUGCCCAGUAAUUAUCACAUUCUUGCACAGUCUCUGUCUGAUGAAAUUGAUACAGGGGCGGCUUUUGCUGAUUUUAAGUGUGAUAUAUGUAAGGUAAAUAAAGUCAUCGGUUAUUGUUUUGAAUGUACGAAGAAUUUGUGUGAAGAAGACAAAAACAAACACAAAACUGCUCCAGUAUCAAGGUCACAUCAUAUUGCCACAUUCACGGAUGGAAAUAGAAAAGUUGAGAAGGACAGUUAUUGCGAAAAACAUUCCGAUAAUAUUCUAAAGUUUUAUUGUUGUCAGUGCAGUGUGCCUAUUUGCUCUGAUUGUAAAUUGGCCAAACACGAAAAUCAUAGAACAGAAGAUAUUGAAGAUGUGGCUUUUAGAGAUCGAGAAAGGUUAUCAAAAUUAAUGGAAAUUCUCCGUCAGUAUCUACCAUGUAUGAAUGAUGCUGUCAAUUCAGCGGAAAAUGCAGAAGCUGCUUUUAAAAAUCAUGCAAACGAUACUAUAGAGUGCAUUAAUCAUCGCAGAGAAGAGGUUAAAAAAUUGGUAGAUCAGUUGUGUGAUGGUGCCGUCAAUUAUGUACGUGGAAAGCUAGAAGCUGAAUUGCAGUGCAUGGUUCCAAAAUUAAAUGAUAUCAAAGAAGAUCGAAAAUUUAUUGAACGCUCUAUCAACAUAACAGAACCUGUGAUAAACAUGGGGGAAGAUGUAAAAAUCGUAGAAGUAACUAAAGAUAUACAGAACAUUGUUAAUAAUCUUCCAGAACCCAAACGAAUUGAUGAGAAAAAAUUUAUAUUUAAUGCUGGGGUACAUGGUCAGUCUCUGAUGUGUAAAUAUGUUGGCACAAUCGGCUUUGAGGCAAAGGCAUUAAAACAUGAUUUUUCCUUUGAUAAUAACAAUCUUUUCAUGUACAGCAUAAUACCAGUCUCUGAAACGGAAGCAUGGAUGUCCUAUUACAAUUCUGAAGAAAGUGCAAUUAUUAAGGUCAACAAUUAUGGAAAAGAAAUCGAGAAAUUCUCACUGCAGCCGUUUGGACGGUACAGAAUGAUAAUGCUGGAGAACGAUGAGUUUUUACUCUCUUCUUAUGGAGAGAAGAAACUGAAAAUCUUGAGAAAUUAUAAGGAGAGCCUUUUUGCAGAAACUCCAUUUGAGCCACAAGGCAUAGUUAAAACUGCAGAUAAUAAUAUACUGGUUUGUUGUUCUGAUGAUGUAGAAACAGAGGAUGAAAAUACAGAAAGGGCUCUGUUGAUGUUCUCCCAACGAGGUACACUUCUAAAACGUGUGGAUUCGCGACUGAAUGAGAAGGAAAAACUCUUCAAUUCUCCAAAAUAUGUUUGUGUUAAUAUUAAUGGAGAUGUAUGCAUUUCUGAUGAAGAUGGAAAGGCUAUUCUUAUUUUCAACAAGGACUUAAAAUUGAUUGGUCGUUAUGAAGGAUGUAAAAAUACUAAUCCAUUUCGUCCACGGGGUAUAUGUUGUGAUCGGUUUGGUCGAAUUAUUGUCACAGAUGGUGAUAAUCAUAAAAUACAUCUGUUGUCAUCAAGUGGAGAAUUUAUUCGCUACUUGUUGACAGAAGAGGAUGGCGUUCGAGGACCAGUUCUGGUAGCAAUUGGACCUGGCAACAAGUUGUGGGUUACCUGCAAGGGUCUGAUACAGAUUUAUUCUUAUUUAGACGGGGCUGGGUUGUUGUCUCGUCCAACUUCCCCCAAAUGUGUGAAGUAAUAUUGGGUGUUUUACGUACUUUUUGUCUUCAUAAUAUGGGAACUGAAGCUUAUACAAUAAAAUAUGAAAGAUUGUUUGAUCUUAAUUUUAUGUAUAUUUAUUUCUAAAUUUUGUUGCUUUUCUUGUCAAUUUUAAAAACUGUAAAAUGUGAUCUUUUAUAUACUGGUACAUGGUACUUGUAAUAAGUGUGAUAUAUAUAUAUUAUCAUAUAAUUUGUUCUCCUUGACUUUUAAACUGUAAGGAAUGUCAUUUAUUAAAAACUGUAAAAUGUAA